GUCUAAAACCGCAAUCCCCUCCCUCACACAGUCAUCAUCAUCAUCUUCCCCACUCCCCGGCCCACCAUUUCCCCUUUCUCUCUCCAAAGUUGAAGAAAAAGCAGAAACAACUCAAACCAAAAAGUCUUCUUCAACUCCAUUUUCUCUCUCCUCUUCCAAAAUUGAAAAAACCCAUUUCAAUUUAAAACCAACAAAAGAAAACCCAAAAAAAUUGAAGGAAAAAUAAUCAAAAUUGAAGCUUUUUAAAUGGUGUAAAAAUGGCGAUAACUGAGGAAGGAUCUGAAGGAGGAGGAAAAGUUUGGGGUCUUUUUAAGAUCCCAUUUCGUCAAAAUAAUCCCUCAAUUUCAUCUUCUUCUGUAACUUCUGCUAAUUCUGUAAUGAUGCAAAGUGGUCAUAAUCACAGCAAUAACAAUGGUGAAGGCUCAAAUUCUCAACCUGCUGCUCCUUCUGUUACUUCUGUUGCUAGAUCUUUGCUUCCUACUCGACGCCGUCUUCGCCUUGAUCCCUCCAACAAGCUCUAUUUCCCUUAUGAACCUGGCAAGCAGGUUAGGAGUGCCAUAAAGAUUAAAAAUACAAGCAAAUCUCACGUAGCUUUCAAGUUUCAAACAACAGCUCCAAAAAGUUGUUUUAUGCGUCCACCAGGAGCUAUUCUUGCUCCUGGUGAAAGCCUCAUUGCAACUGUUUUUAAGUUUGUUGAGCAUCCAGAGAACAAUGAAAAACCCUUGUUAGAGCAGAAGAGCAGGGUGAAGUUCAAAAUCAUGAGCUUAAAGGUGAAAGGACCAAUGGAAUAUGUUCCUGAAAUGUUUGAUGAGCAGAAGGAUCAAGUAGCCAUAGAACAGAUACUGCGUGUUAUAUUUCUAGACACAGAGCGUCCCAGUGCUGCUUUUGAAAAAUUGAAGCGUCAAUUAGCGGAGGCAGAGGCGGAGCUUGAAGAACGCAAGAAGCCACCAGAGGACAAUGGGCCGAAGAUCAUUGGUGAAGGACUUGUUAUAGAUGAAUGGAAAGAGAGAAGAGAGAGAUACCUUGCUAAACAGCAGGGUGAAGGAGUGGACUCUACAUAAAGAUGACAGCCCGAUUUUUCAGUAAUUGCGGCCCUGAGCAUGAAGUCGUAGCGUUUGAUCUCACAAGGCAUUUGCGUAUUUGUGUCAUCACCUAGGAUUGUACUAUAAAAUGAGAUGGUUAUUUAGGAAAACAUUGUCAUUGAGUGCUUGAAAGGGUUUGAGGAAGUUGUCCUUGUCUAGUCAACUUGUUAUUUACCUGUAGAUAACAUUGUAGUUUUGUACUAAGGAGAAUUGAUAAUUGGGUGUAAGAAUGUAAUCGUACUAUAUUUCUCGUGUUGUGAAAAUAAUAAGCCAACUUCAUUAAUUUUGUUAUUUCA